AGAAUUCUGGGUUAGUGUCAACGUCACGGAGUUGACAAUGAUGGCGACAGGGGUUCCCAUGGAUUUGUCUCUUUUAGAUACGGGUGAGAAGGAAACCAGAGAAAAACUCUCAUUAUGGGACCACAGACCUAAUGCAAUGGCUCCGUUGACAGAGCGACAGAUCGAUUCGGUCCUGGAGAUUCGGGCUGCGGCUGAGAACCUGCCACUCCCGACAGAGCUUCCAAUUGAAGACCUUUGUAGUCUGACAUCGCACUCCUUUUCUAUUCCAUUGACUGCAACGGUACCAGCCUCAACUGAGGAUAUUCUCCUUAAGGGAUUCAGUGCUCUAGAAAUGGAGGAGGACAGAAUAGAAACAGCACAACAGUUUUUCUCUUGGUUUUCCAAGCUACAAGCUCAAAUGGAUCAAGAUAAAAGUGCAAAGUACAGACAGACCAGGGAUUACCUGAUGGGUUUCCAGGAUCAGUGUGAUGCAAUCCUGGUUGAUGUAAACACAUCAUUGCAACAGUUGGAAUCUUUGCAGAAACAGUAUUUAUUUGUUUCUACCAAAACUGGAACUUUACAUGAAGCCUGUGAGCAACUUCUCAAGGAACAGUCAGAGCUUGUAGACCUGGCAGAGAGUAUUCAGCAGAAACUUUCCUAUUUCAAUGAAUUAGAAAGUAUAAAUACUAAACUAAAUUCGCCUACUUUUUCUGUAAGUAGUGAAGGAUUUAUACCAAUGCUUUCUAAGCUGGAUGAAUGCAUACAGUAUGUUUCCUCACAUCCAAACUUUAAAGACUACCCAGUUUAUAUAUCAAAAUUUAAGCAGUCCCUUUCAAAAGCUAUGCAUCUUAUGAAAACACACACUGUAAGCACUCUGCAGAACCUGACCAGUCAGCUAAUCAAAAGGGAUCCUCCUGGAGGUACAAACGCUGAAAACGCAUUCACUUUAUUUUAUGUGAAGUUCAGAGCUUCUGCGCCUAAAGUAAGGAUGGUUAUUGAACAGAUUGAGCAGAGAUCUGAGAAGUUACCAGAGUAUCAACAGUUAUUGGAUGAAAUUCAUCAGUGCUAUAUGGACCAGAGAGAUCAGUUGUUAAGCCCAAGCAUAUCAUCAACAAUAACUGAUUUGAUGAGCCAGAACAACAGGGAUCACUGUGCUCUGGUACGCAGCGGAUGUGCUUUUAUGGUACAUGUCUGCCAAGAUGAACAUAAACUUUACUGUGAGUUUUUUACCAAGCCUUCACCCAAACUGGAUGAGCUGCUAGAGAGACUCUGUCUGUCAUUAUAUGAUGUGCUUAGGCCGCUAAUCAUCCACGUCAUCCACCUUGAAACUCUUUCAGAACUCUGUGGGAUCUUGAAAAAUGAAAUGCUUGAGGACCAUGUCCAGAAUAAUGUGGAACACUUGGGUGCAUUUGAAGCUGUUGUCAAGCAGAUGCUUGAGGAUGUUCAGGAACGACUUGUCUACAGAACACACAUAUACAUACAGACAGACAUCACUGGUUAUAAACCAGCUCCAGGAGAUUUGGCAUAUCCGGACAAGUUGCAAAUGAUGGAGGAUAUAGCACAGAGUUUAAAAGAAGAGCAGAAAAAGUUGUUGGCUUUAGAUUCUUCAUUUUCUGAUAUCCAACUGGAAGAUCCAGAUUCUAAGAAUAUAAUUAAGUCAGGUGCAACAGAAUCAUCAUCUGCAAGAUCACGCAGUACAAUCUCUCCUGCAGAUUUACAUGGUAUGUGGUAUCCGACAGUGAGGAGGACAUUGGUUUGCCUAUCAAAGCUAUACAGGUGUAUAGAUAGGGCAGUAUUUCAAGGAUUAUCACAAGAAGCCCUUUCUGCGUGCAUUGACUCUUUAGUAAAAGCUUCUGAGAUCAUAAUUAAAAAUAAGACACAGGUCGAUGGGCAGUUAUUCCUGAUCAAACACCUGCUGAUCUUGAGAGAACAAAUUGCUCCAUUUCAUGCUGAUUUUGCCAUUAAGGAGAUUUCCUUGGAUCUGAAGAAAACCAGAGAUGCAGCUUUUAAAAUACUGAAUCCCAGAGCAGUGCCUAAAUUUUUUAGACUGAACAGCCAUAAUGCUAUUCUUGAGUUUUUGUUGGAGGGAACGCCAGAGAUAAAAGAGCAUUAUCUUGAUUCAAAGAAAGAAGUGGAUCGCCAUCUGAAGUCAAGCUGUGAGCAAUUUAUUCAACAACAAACUAAAAUUUUUGUGGGAAGCCUCGAUGAGUUUCUUACUAAGGUAACAGCAUUAAAAACAAUGGCCAGUCACGGAGGCCCAAAUUAUAGUCUUUCACGGCAGCCCUGGGCCCAGCCAGCAAAGAUCAAUGAUAUUGUGGCCACAACAUACAAAACAAUGAAGACAAAGCUUCCAUUAACACUUCAGAGUAUGUCUCUGUAUUUGGCCAACAGGGACACGGAAUUCAUCCUUUUUAAACCUGUUCGGAACAACAUUCAGCAAGUCUUCCAGAAGAUCCAUUCAUUAUUACAGGAAGAGUACAGUGGUGAAGAUCUCCAAAUCAUCGCCUGUCCCUCCAUAGAACAGAUCAAUUUACUUCUCUCUGUCCACAAGUAAGCGGAAAGCAAGCACCGAAGCUGGCAGACCGGGGAUGACUGUGCAGUGCUGGACCUGAGCUAGCCAAGCCUCACUGACUCCGCAAAGUGCAUUGCAGUGGGUUUAUCUUUCAGCAAUUGUGGGGAUUUCAUGUACACUACAUAGACCAAAGGUACCACUUGGCUGACUAAUUCAGAUUCACGAGUUGCAUAUGAUUCAGAAACUGCAUAUCAGCAAGGUCUGUGUUUGGUAAUUUAGUGUCCCUUUUUUUUCCGGCUAUGGCGGUACAUUUUUAAAGUAAUCUGUAAUGUUUUAUGCUUUUGUUCAUUCAGUCAUUGAUGAUGACAGGAAUAUUUUCUAUAUAUUUUUUUUAUUCUUUCCCCUGUUUCCCCACCAACCACUAUUCACAGAUCUUUUUUGUGUCACUUUUAAUUUACUAAGGUAAAAUGGGCAAACAUAACAGUAUGUAAGCAACUCAUGUUCUACAAGGGUAAAAGGCGUGUGCAACUGAAUGUAGAGACAGAUCAUCUUACCAUUUGCUGGUCCCCUGAAUUAUGAAAACUGCUAGAACUUUAUGCUAAAAUGCCAAGCCACUGGCUAGUAGAAGAGUCCUGUCCUGUUUGUUUAGGCUGUAAGAUUCUGCAUCCUCUUUGAAUGCCUUCUGUCUUUGGGAAUUCUCUCCCUUUUAUCUUGGCCACAGUUUUUCCGCAUUUUCUGUUUUGAGUCAGAAUUCAGGCUGGCUAAGCAGGGCAUGGACUCUCUACCGGUAACUUAGGAGUUAAAGCAACAGCUGACAUCUUUAAUGCACAGCAGAAAUUUACAGUUACAACUUUUGUAAAUGUCUAUGUUGAAUUAAGUUGUUGAGGAUCACUACUGUACAAUUUGUAAUUAUUGUAAUAUAUUAAAGUAUUGUAUUUUAA